AUGACGCAAUUCAACGUCAACUGUACCCUACCUGAUGGUGUAUAUACGUUUGUCAGUGCGCCCAAUGUUCGGGGGACCAUGGAAAUUGUCUGGGGCUGUCUAAGCAUUCUCAUCAUUUGCACCUGGUCAGUAGUACACCCUAAUGUGCCCUGUCAGCUAGCCGCGCGAACCUGGCGAGAGAAAACCCGGCGGUCCAUCCUGCGCCUAUGGUGGAAAAUUAUAAUUUUUGUAUGGAACGUCCUUGCGCCAGAAUGGACCCUUGGAAAGGCUUGGUCCGACUAUCGGUCGGUAUCUGGUGCCGCCGCUGGCUACGCGGACAUGAGCCAGAUAGACAAAGUCCCUUGGACGCGGACGCAUUCCUAUUUCGCCCAUAUGGGUGGUUUUGCUAUUAAAUUUGGCAACGCAGUGUCUGACUUUGGGCCUGCCAGCGUGGACGUUGAAAAGGGGAAUGCUUUGCCAGAUCAAACAGCCGUCGCUCCACAGGACAAAAAAGAGCCGAAUGCUGAGGAGGAAUCAUUCCAAGAAAUCGCCAAGAAGUUUGCGCGCCAAAGGAAACGAUAUACCGAAGUGCUCGAGGACACCAGCAGCACCUCCUAUGGGCAGCCAGGCUGGGCGCGAGAUGCAAAGAAUCUGGCAACAGCAACGACGGUACUAAACAUGCAAGACUUUGGCUAUUUCAGCAGUGACUCAGAAAAGGCUAUAUUUAAAACAUCAUAUGAGGCCUGGUGGCACAAUGUUCGAGCUCUGGAGCAGGAUAUAUGGGUCGUCGAUGCGAAUCAGUUGCUAUUAGCGCGGCAGAUGGGGAUUAUUGCGUCGCUGCCCAACAUCCACGAGGACGAUCUCGAUGACCGCAACAAGGGCGAAUCAUUUGUCAAGAUUGUUGCGAUUCUCCAGAUUCUCUGGUUCGUGGUCCAGCUUAUAUCGCGCUUGGCGUCCCAGCUGCCCACCACACAGCUCGAGAUUAUGACGUUUGCAUUUGCCAUCUGUAGCGCCCUUACAUACUACCUAUUGCUAGACAAGCCAAAGGACUGCCAAUACUCCAUCGAGAUACCCGCUGCCCGAUACGCAACUCCAGCAGAGAUGGCGCGUAUUGCCCUCGCCGCUCCCGUCACGUUCGGGUGGACACGAACGACGCUUUGGAUUCCAAACAACGCGCUUCACUAUGACAAGGACCGGUCAUCAACCGGAUCAGAUCAUGUUGUCAGUGCUGCGGCUUUGUCGCUCACGGUGUUUGGUGCCAUCCAUUGCAUUGCUUGGAACUUUGCUUUUCCUAGUGAAAAAGAGGCGCUGCUCUGGCACAUAAGUUCCAUUCUCACGGCGGCUAUUACACCACUGGGCUUGCUGCUAGCGCCUGUAUUUGCACUCAUCUUCCUUUGGAGAGACAAAGCUGAAAAGAGCAAGAAGUUUUUAGCGGUACAGAAGUGGGUGACCAACUUCUUCAUUUUGCUUAAUGUCAUUUACAUUGGGCUUGUUCUAGCUGCGCGCAUCUUUGUGACGAUAGAAGUGCUGCGAAGUUUGGCCUUUUCACCGCCAGGGAUAUUUUUGGAGACGGGGGCCCAGGGCAUGCCUCAUGCUUCAUGA